AGAAAACAACAACGUAAAACAAGUAGAAACGGUGUAUAAAAGAAAUAAACUAAAAAAAGCUGGUGCGAAAUAAAAGAGGUUUGUUUUGUGAAAAAGUGCUCAGUCGGUGUUUUAAAUUUUCACAGCCUAUAACUAAACUACUCUUAAUAAGACUAAUAUCAUAGUGCAUAAAUAAUAAAAGGAUAUUAAGUAUUAUAUUAAAUAAAAAAAUCAGAAACUAAAUUUAAAUAAAACCUAUGUAAACUUAACAUACGCGGCGCGUGAGAACUGACAGCUGCUAAAGUGACAUUUGUGUGUGAAUUUGUACGGUGUUUUUGUUCUUGUAAUUCAUUGCAAAGAGAAUGUGUCGUUUGGUUGUUGUUAUUUUUAUAAUUUCCUCUUGUUUUUAAUACAUUUAUGUUUUUGUUGGUGUGUUUUUUUUAUUUUUGUAAUCUGUCGAAAGCGGGAAGUAGAGAAAAUAGCCGAUAAAAAGGAUAAAAACAUAGAAAUUGACAAGAAACCAACACAAAAAUUAUUGUUUAUUAUUAUACACUGCUGUGUUUUAAUAGUUUUCUAUUUGUUUUUUUUUUAAAUAAAUUUUCAAGUGCCAAUUAAAAACAACAAAUGCCAAUUUUUAAAGAAUUAUUAUAAUGCAAUAAAAGCAACAUAAACAGCUUAAAUAAAUCUAAAACAAUACAUGAAUAAAAUGUAUUUAUUAAUAACUCAAAUUAAACCAAUGUUGUUGUCCAGCUUAUUUUAAAAAGUAAAAUGUUAAACUUUUAACUAAAUGCAGUGUUUUAAGCAACAACAAUUUAUAACCGAUCCUCAGGAUUCCACUUUGAAUUUAACGCAAAAUUAUAUGAUCUUUGAGAACUCCAGCAUUCCAAAUUGUGGCGAUUCAGCAGCAGCAGCUACCACAACUGCCUAUCUUCUGCAACAACAGCAACAUUCUCCGGCCCACAAUCUCAACAACAAUAGCAGCAGCAACAACUGUGAUAAUUACAAUCCUUUAACGUCACCUAAUCACAAUAACAGCACUAAUAAUAAUUCCUCUUCAUCACCUGCCCCAUCAGCAUCAACUCCUUUCACCAACAACCCAUUAAACCAUAUGCCUCACUUUGGUUUAGGCGCUGGUCCUGGCAUGGCCAAUAAUGCCUAUGCUCAAACUCCACCCAGUCCUCCUCUACAUCAUGCUGUUGGUGGCGGCGGUGGUGGCAAUGGCGGUUUAAUGCCUCCCAGUCCGCCCAAUCAUCACCAGCAGGCUCACAAUCAACACCAGCAGCAGCAACAACAACAGCAGCAACAUCAUCCUCAUUUGGCCAUGUUGCCACGCGGCCUUACUGGUGGCAAUCCAGGUGGUGGCGGCGGCGGAGGUGGUUCAAUUAUGUCCACCGGCCUUAAUACCUCCGUCAGUUCACUCUCAUCUGCCACAUCAUUUCGUUCACAUAUUGAGGAGAAAAAAUUAACCCGCGAUGCUAUGGAACGUUAUAUGAGGGAACGUAACGAUAUGGUUAUUGUUAUAUUGCAUGCAAAGGUCGCCCAAAAAUCCUACGGCAACGAGAAACGUUUCUUCUGUCCACCUCCCUGUAUUUAUCUCUUUGGCAGUGGUUGGCGUCGCCGCUACGAGGAAAUGCUGCAGAAAGGUGAAGGUGAACAGGGUGCCCAACUGUGUGCCUUUAUCGGUAUUGGCAGUGCCGAUCAAGACAUGCAGCAGCUCGAUCUAAAUGGCAAACAGUACUGUGCCGCAAAAACCCUUUUCAUUUCCGAUUCCGAUAAACGUAAACAUUUUAUGCUGUCGGUGAAAAUGUUCUAUGGCAAUGGUCAUGAUAUUGGUGUUUUCAAUUCCAAACGCAUUAAAGUCAUUUCGAAACCCUCGAAAAAGAAACAAUCCCUUAAAAAUGCCGAUCUCUGUAUAGCCAGUGGCACCAAUGUGGCUCUUUUCAAUCGUUUACGUUCACAAACUGUCUCUACCCGUUACCUGCAUGUGGAGAAUGGCCACUUUCAUGCUUCGUCCACACAAUGGGGAGCCUUUACCAUACACCUGCUCGAUGACAAUGAAUCGGAAUCGGAAGAGUUUCAAGUGCGUGAUGGUUAUAUACAUUAUGGUGCCACCGUGAAACUGGUGUGUUCGGUAUCGGGUAUGGCUUUGCCGCGUUUAAUUAUACGUAAAGUGGAUAAACAAAUGGCGUUGCUGGAGGCUGAUGAUCCUGUGUCGCAGCUGCACAAGUGUGCGUUUUAUAUGAAGGAUACGGAUCGCAUGUAUUUGUGUUUGUCGCAAGAGAAAAUCAUACAGUUUCAGGCAACGCCGUGUCCGAAGGAACCAAAUAAGGAGAUGAUAAAUGAUGGGGCAUGUUGGACGAUUAUAUCGACGGACAAGGCGGAGUAUCAGUUUUAUGAGGGCAUGGGACCAGUAUCUAACCCCGUUACCCCAGUACCCAUAGUUAAUUCCUUGAAUCUCAAUGGUGGCGGAGAUGUUGCCAUGUUAGAAUUAAGUGGCGAUAACUUUACACCCCAUCUACAAGUGUGGUUCGGUGAUGUUGAGGCCGAGACCAUGUAUCGUUGCACCGAAACGCUGCUGUGUGUUGUACCCGAAAUAUCACAAUUUAGAGGUGAAUGGUUGUGGGUCCGUCAACCCACACAAGUGCCUAUAUCUCUAGUACGUAACGAUGGCAUCAUCUAUGCCACCGGUCUAACAUUUACCUACACACCCGAACCGGGACCCCGGCCACACUGUACCCAGGCCGAAGAUGUAAUGCGUACAAGACUUAAUAACAAUAAUCUAACGAGCAUGAGUAACAAUAAUAACAACAAUGUUGGUUCGCCCAGUGAUGGUUCACAGGGCCUGAAUGCCAACCACAUGCAUCAGCAACAACAGCAGCAACAACAAACCUUACCCUCUAUGUCAGAAGUGCAAUGGAAUACACAUGCGGGUGGAUUAUCCUGAGUGCUGCCUACAAUUUUUGUUUGGUAUUUAAAAUUAAGUUUGUAACCUUUACAGCAAAAUGAGAACAAAACAAAUCAAA